GCAGAAAGGAAAUGAGGACGCUGCGGUUGCCUCAGGAGAAGCUGCGAGCCCCUGGGGAGCCUGCAGAAGAGCAGGGCUGUGGGACGGGAGACCCUGGAAGCAGCAUGGAGCUCACACAGCUGGGCACGGUGCUGCUGCUCCUGCUGCUCCCUGGCGCCGUGCCGCGCCAGGACAGCUGUGACGCGCUGUCUCGUGGGGACGAGACCAAGCAGUGCUGCAACAUGGCGGUGGAGCCGGAGGAGCGUGCUGAGGGCCGCGGCCUGGCCCUGGAGCUGCCCCACCAGUGCACGGAGCUGCGCCGCUCGGGCCAGCCUGCCUGCCGCUGCCUGCGGGCACGCUGGCUCAGGAUGGUGCAGUUUGCAGAGCAGAGCAGCACAGCCGGGCUGCGGGCACUGCACCUGAACGUCAGCGGGGCCGUGGCCCACGGCCUGCUCCUCGCAUUCUCCCCUGCUGAGGGCCCCGCAGUGAUCAGCUCAGCAGAGCAGGGCACAGUAGGCACAAUCCGGCUCCCCGGCGGGCUGUUCCCAUCCCCGAGCGGCCAGGCAGUGCGCGUGGUGGUGACCGUGCUCAACAUCCAGCAGCUCGCCAUGUUCCAGGAGGACAACCAGGUGGGAAAGGUCCUGGACGACACCGUGGUGGGCAUCGCGGUGGGCGAUGGGGACGUCUCGGAGCUGCGGGACCCCGUGCAGCUCACCUUUGCCUACCAGCCGCUGCCACACAACGUCACCCCACUGUGCGUCUUCUGGGAGCCCAACAAAGGGCCUGCCGGAGGCUGGAGCAGCCACGGAUGCGUCACACAGCCCGGGGACAAGGAGACAGUCUGCGCCUGCGACCACCUCUCCUUCUUCACCCUCCUCCUGAACCCAUCUCUGGACGUGUCCAUGGCACAGACGUUGGUGGCUGUGGCCAAUGGUGGCUGUGGAGUGGCUGUGGCUUUCUCCAUCUUCACCUUUGCCUUCUACAUCUUCUUAAGGUGCAGUUACAAGCAGUUCAGGUCUGAGGACACCCUCCGCAUCAACCUGGGGCUGCACAUGAACCUGGUCAGCAGCCUGUUCCUGCUCAACCUGGCUUUCCUGCUCAACGGUGGGCUCUCCAGCAGAGCCUCCAUGGGGCUGUGCAGUGCCCUGGGAGGGCUCACCCACUACUGCCUGCUCUGCUGCUUCACCUGGACGGUGCUGGAGGGCUGUCACCUCUACCUCCUCUUCGUCAAGGUCCUUGGCACCUACAUACACCACUACCUGCUGAAGCUGUGCAUUGUCGGAUGGGGCUUCCCUGCUCUGGUGGUGGUGGUGGCAGGAGCCACUGGCAGCUAUGGAGAAUACAGCAUUGGGAUGGUGGACGACCAGAUCAUAAUCCACCUGUGCUGGAUCAAUUCUGAACACCUCCUUGUCCACUACAUCACAAACUGUGGCUACUUCGGCCUCAUCUUCCUCUUCAACACCGCCAUCUUUGGGGUGGUGGCCUGGAAGAACUGCCACCUGUGGAGGAGUGGGGUGAUGCAGGGGCACUGCAAGGCCUGGAAGGUGGCCCUGGCAGCGAUGGGACUCUUCUGCCUGCUUGGAGCCACCUGGGCACUGUCCUUCCUCAGCUAUGGCAGCUCUUCCAUGCCCGUGCUCUUCCUUGCUGCUAUCCUCAACUCCCUCCAAGGUGUUUUCAUCUUCAUCUGGCUGGUUGUCCUCUACUACCCAAGGGCGGAGGAGACCAGCAGCUCCCUCUCCCACAUCGUGAGGAAUGACAGAACCAUGGCUGUGUCACAGGGAUAGCUGCUGGGCCUUCCGUCCCUGCCUGCCUGCCCUGCCUGCCAGCUUCCAGCCCAAAGGACAUGGCUUCCCGUGAGAGCGAGGGCUGCACGGACAGCUGGGCACCCUGGCCGACCAGCCCGGCCCCUGCUCUCACCCAUGCCUCAGUUUACCCAUUGGAGGGUGUGAUCUGCCCUAGCUGCCCUUUGGCUCCUGGGGGCCAGCUUGGUCCAAGGAGCUCCACACACCUCCCUCCCUUCUGCAUGCCCUUGGAAGUCCCAUUCCCCAGUGUCUCCUGCUGGAGCCCGCAGGCCAGCUGCAUCCAGCCUGCCUGGAGACAUCCUCUUACCCCCAGCAGUAGAGAGGGAAUGGGGUACUAGAUCAGCCCAGGGAUGCACAGCCAGAUGCACCCUGAGCUACACCAUCCCCUCUACAUUGUAUGCGUAUGUGUGCACAUCAACUCGCAGCCUCUUACAGAGAACUGUUGUCCAAUCCACGUCUGUGUUUUAGCAUUAAAACUCUGCUAGCUAGCUAAGCA